UUGUACGUACGUGGUGCCGGCCUGAUCCACAGCUAGCCUAGCUGAUCGAUCCCCUGCCGGACACCCUGGUCAAGAACCAAAAGGGUUGGCUUCCAAGCAAGAAUGGCAACGAUCCAUGUUGAUCAUCACGUGAUGUCUUUCGUUUUCGGCCUUCUUGGUAACAUCGUGUCAUUCCUCGUAUAUCUAGCCCCGGUGCCAACCUUUUACAGGAUAUACAGGAAAAAAUCAACACAAGGAUUCCAAUCGCUGCCUUAUUCAGUAGCACUAUUUAGCGCGAUGCUGACGCUUUACUAUGCCUUCCUGAAGAAGAAUGCAUUUAUGCUCAUCAACAUCAACUCCAUCGGCUGUGCCAUUGAAUCCAUUUACCUUGUCUUGUUCAUGAUAUAUGCACCAGGGAGAGCUAGGAUAUAUACCGCAAAGCUGCUUAUCUUGUUUAACGUAGUGCUUUUGGGCUUGAUCAUACUCUGCACAUCCCUCAUUCGAGAAGGUUCUCUGCGGCUCACAGCUGUUGGAUGGACUUGUGCGAUUUGUUCUGUUUGUGUUUUUGCUGCUCCUCUCAGUGUCAUGAGGCUGGUUAUACAAACAAAGAGCGUGGAAUUCAUGCCAUUUUCACUAUCAUUCUUCUUGACAAUCUGUGCUACGAUGUGGUUCUCCUAUGGUCUAUUAAUAAAGGAUCUCUUCAUAGCGACACCAAACAUACUAGGUUUCAUAUUCGGGAUGGCUCAGAUGAUACUGUACAUCAUUUACAUGGAUAGGCCGAAAGAUCUAAUCUUUCCAGAAAUGAACAUCCAAUUAGAUGUACCAAGUGGCCCUGCUACUACAGCAAAUGAACAUGAGCUCCAGUUGAGCACAACACAGACAACUGAGAUUAUUAUCCAUAUUCAAACGGAAGACACAACACAGAAUAUUAGUAUUAUUGGAGGGUCAGGAGCCGGUACUACUGCACCUCCUAUUGAGCCAAGUGAUCAUGAAUCCAAUAAUAAAUGAGACAAAGACGAACAUGCAGCAUGUCUUGUACGUCAAAGGAGAUGAUGAUCAGAUGCAGAUUGAGGAAAGCAAGAGGUAGCUUGAUCUAGCUAGUGCUCUUGAGAAGGAGUUGGAUCGACACAAGGAAAAAUAACAGCGUUGUUGUUUGGUUUUUUCCUUAAAAGAGUUUCAUUAAUAUUGGUGUAGCCCAAUAAAUAGGAAUAAAUUAAUGCAUGCAUGCGGGUGUAUUUGUUGCAGAUAAAUAGACAUGAUCAUAUACACU